UAUGUCAUUAGCUUUCUUUUUCAUAGAAGAUAUAUUCUCUUCCAUAAUAAUAGAUUUCUUACUGUUUUCUAGUUUGUUUUCAUCUGAAGAAUCAUUAAAAUAUUAAUAAAAAGAAUCUGUGUCUGAAAAAAUUUCCGAAUAUCCAGGAUUUAUCUAAAAAGUAUCAUUAACAUAUUAUAUUUUAGGAGUUCUUAAAAAAUAUUCCAAAUCUUCAUCAAAACUUGUAUUUUUUUCAAAUAGCGAUGUAUUUUAGGAAGAAAACGAAACAUUAUUUUAAUUUUUUAAUUUGUAAUUUUAAAUGAUGUUUUUUCGUAUUUUUUUCAGUUAUUUUUUUACUAUAUCUUUAAUUUUUUUGGCAUUUGUUUUCUCCUUAUAUUUUCUAAUUUUGGGAUCUUUUUACCUUUCUUGAUUUUUAGAAUGGUUAUUUCGGUGAAUUAUUAAUUCCUUACUUC